AUGGCUUCUUGUGAAAAUUCGGCUUUUGUUGACGGUCUUUUGUGUGAGUCUGUUACAGAGCAGCAGAUGGGCUCAGAGAUUUUGGUGCAAUCUAUUUCUGAGCUGCCCUCCUGCUCGGACGAUAAGUCUUUACUUGAUUCUAAUGUGGACCCUAUCAGUAUAUCAGAUAGGUCUCUGGGAUUGUCUAGGAAUGGCAAUGCUGAUGCUGGUUGUAUGAGCUGGGGUGAGAUUGUAGAUGUUGAUAUAGAUGGUUUGAUGGGUGAGCAUGAAAAUGCUAAUGUUUCGGAACCGGGAAAUAUUUUGACCAGGGAAUGGGGGCUGAACAGAUGUUGCUUGACUGAGAGUCAGAGUAAUGUUGAUGACUCAAAUAGGGAAGGUGGGCCCCAAGGUGAGGAUAGAUCUGCUGGUUCAUUUGGGGACUGUGAAAUCCCUUUGGAAGUCAUACCUCAGACUGUUUCACCAGGACAUGGUAUCCAACAGGAUGAGCAAAGGGGUUAG